AUGAGCUACAAGAUUUCCUUCGAUGGCGGCGUUGUUGCUGUGUGUGGACCCCUACAGAGCUGGCUACGGGGCAGUCAAAUGUCUUGUAAAGGAACUCCCUCCGCUUGCAAGUCAAAACAAAUCCCGCGAAUCUUUCGUAAUCGACGAGGUUUGUGUUCGGUUCGCGGUUGGACGCACGGAGAGGUCGGCAUUGUGGGUGGAUCGGUAGGUUACAACCAAUUAAGUUUGCUGUCGGUUUCGCCGGAUGAAGACAAAAGGGAAGAAACAAAUAAAAAAGGAAAACAGAAAGCAAGGAGCAACGACGAAACUGUACAGUAUCACGAGAGAGUGUGGAUUGAGAGUAAUCAAGUGACGAACAAUAGUGUUACGGGUGAGACGAACGUUGACGGAAUCGGUAAAACUGCCGAUGUCGAGACUGUAGCCGACAUUGAGAAAUGGUUAAAAACGCGCACAGAAUCCGUGUCGAGUAUGGAUCUCGAUGCGAUCAAGUCUGGAGUCGAGGAGGGCGUCGACCGGUACCUGGGCGAGGAACUCCAGCACGCUUUUCUGGAAAAGGACCCUGACGGAUUGUCAAUCGAUAUUGAUCUGUCUGACAAGAAACUUAAUUUAGGUUAUGAUCCUUUACUUCAGGAGCUCCAAAAUGAGAAGCUGCUUGAUGAAAAGGAUAGCUUUAUACUACCAGAAUUUCAGUUGGAUCAUUUGGAUCCAUUGGCGUUGUCGCCGGAUGACAUGAUGGUUGCCGGUGAAAUUUUGCCGUCGACAAGUGCUCAACCUACUUUAAGUGUCCCUAAUAGGGAUGUCGAAGGAAUGUGUACAGAGACUGAACAAACUUCAUUAAUGAAAAAAGCCAUGAUCACAGAUAAUCACGAAUUGCAGAGCAAGUCUACGCAAGUUGUUGUAGAUGAUUUGCAUAAUAUAGAUAACGUGAAUAAAGAAGUUGAGUUGCAAAAGGACAAUAGCUUAUGCAAUGAUACUACGAAUCUCUAUGUGCAGGAUCUCAAUUCAGAAAAUACCAUACAAGAGUUGUCAGAUACAAAACUAGUUGAUGAUGAUUCUGAAACUGCUAUAAUUGAACAAUUAAAAACUAAAGGUAAGGCAAAAUUAGAACCACGUAUUAUUAAGAAACGUAAAAGGAUAUCAGAUACAGCAGACAAAAAAUUAGACAAUGAAAUUAAGAUAUCGGGAGAAGAUAUCGUGGAUACUGAAGAUGGUGUUAUGGCUGUUGUAGCCAUAUCAACGGAUAAAAUUUCAAAUAUGACACAAAUUAUUAUAAAUACUGGUACAGAAGAACAGAUUUAUCAAGGAAAAACUUCUGAGCUCUUGGAAGCUACAGGAAAUUUUCCAAAAUUACCAAAAAUAGAAACUUCAGCUGUAUGGAAUGACACAGUGGAACAUGGUACAGAAAAUCCUAGUAAUCAGCAUGAAAUGAUAAUAUCUAAUGCUUUAGAAGAAUUAGGUAUUACAGAUGAUAAUUUACAACCAAUAUCUGUUAAUGAGCAUGGGAAAAUAUGGCUUUGUCCACGUGAUGAUUGUAAUAGACAGUUCAGCAAACUGUAUGCUCUAAAAGGGCAUUUAUUAGCACACUAUGGUGUAAGACCUUUUAAGUGUGAUUUUGAAGGAUGUGCCUGGGCAUUUUAUUCAGAGUUUAAACUCAAAAGACAUAAAGAAACACAUUUGAAACGGAAAGACUAUGUGUGUGAGGUAGAAGGUUGUAAUCGUCGAUUUACUACAAUUUAUAAUUUAUGGAGUCAUGCGAAGUUACACAGUCGUCCAAAUAGGAUACUAUGCCAAGUACCAGAGUGUCAAGAGAAGUUUCAAACAAAAAGAGCUUUGGAACUGCAUAUGAAGACUCAUGAUCAAAGUCAUGCUCCAUAUAUUUGUAAACAUGAAGGAUGUGGUAAAAGAUAUUAUAGUAGUAAUGCUUUAACGUCGCAUCAAAGAUGCCAUAGUUACAAAGAAGUAGACGUAAAAUGCUCAUGGCCAGGUUGCGGUAAAGUGUUUGAUAAGCCUUGUAGGCUAAAGGCACACAUACGUUCGCAUACCGGUUGUAAACCUUACCUUUGUACGUUUCAAGGUUGUCAAUGGGCGUUUUCUUCCUCUAGUAAAUUAAAGAGACACCAAAAGAAACACACUAAUGAACGGAAGUUUGUAUGUGAUGUUCCUUCCUGUGGAAAAGCCUUUAUGAGAUCAGAACAUCUUAAGGAACAUAGAUUAACCCAUAAAGAGGGAAGAUACUUUCAAUGUUUUAUAUGUAAUGCAAAAUUUUCUGCAAAAAGUAGUUUAUACGUUCAUAUAAAAAAGCAUCAGGUUAAGGAAGACAUAGAGAUAAAUACAUAUGAUACCAUCAGUAGCCAAAAACGAAGUAAAGUAAAAGAAAUGCAAUGUUCCAGGGUAAAUCCGGUUGUGAAAUCAAAAAGAAAGUCAAUAGAUCUGAACAUAAAUGUAGGUUGCAUAAAUACAUCAACAGUAACAGAAAAAUCUGACCAUAAUGAUACAAUAUUUCGAAAUAAUAAUGUAAAUCAAACUAAAGAUGAUACAGUGCCUCUACAAGAUCAACCUAAGACUCUAUAUCAUUGUCCAGUUGAAACCUGUACGCGUUCGUAUACUACAAAAGCGACAUUAAGAGCACAUAUGUUAAAAGUACAUGGCACUCCUGUUGAAGAGUGUGAUAAAACCACCAAUAAAAUGUCUGAAGAUUCGGUCUGUAACAUGGAUUACAUUUUAUAUACAGCUCCCUCAGUAUCAGAGCCUACAGAGCAAAUGAUAAUGGUAGCACCUUGUGAUGCAGUUAUUCUUAGUACUUCUUCAGAAACAGAUCGUUCUCUUCCUGAACCGGAACCACCACCUCUUAAUAAUGUAUUGAAAACGUCGGAGUCUUCUUCAAACAUUGCUACACACAAGCAAUUAUCUAAUCAACAUGUGAGAAAAGAUCAGGGUUCCGCACGGACUGAUUUAACUUUUUCCGACGUGUGGAAGUUAAAGACGAAUGGUGCUGUGUUAGAUUCGGUUGUUGGAGCAUCCGAUGUUGUGUUAGGUACAAGUGAUUUAGAAGAGGGUUUAUUACUCACAGAGGAAUUACCUUCAAUGUAUUACCAAGAUGAUGUAGUAGGAACAGAGUAUCAGGUACUGCUACUUGAUUCAGUACCAUCUGAAAAUACUAUAAAUCUGAGGGGACUUGAAUAA